UUAAAAUUUAACAUUCUUUAAUGUUUACAAAUUAUAAUUCAGUGUACUGGACUUGAAUUAUGAAAUUUGAAAUAAAAUACAUUUUUAAAAUAAAUAAAUAAACAUUUUAUUAUGGCUGAAAAUAAAAAAGAAAUAUUCAAAAAGGCAGAACGCGAAAAACAUUUGAAAGAUUCUAUUUGUAAAUCAACUUCAAUAGAAGAUAAUAAACAAAAACAAGAUCCAUUAGUUAAUCUCUAUGAGCUUUCAAAAACCUUAAGUCUUCAUGAUUUUGAAAAUGAAAUAAUAAAAUAUCCGGAGGGAGAAAUAUUUACACAAGCUUCUAAUGAUUUAAGGUUACGAAGUAGUAACACAACUCAAGACUUUCCUGAUGAUCAAUCAGAAAAACAAGGACUUAAUAGAAAUAACCUAGAUGAAAGAAAUUCUAAAAAAAUGUCAUUAAAAUAUAAAGCCGCUAUUCCGUCUUCCAACACCAAAACGAAACAGCUUGCAAGUAAAUUUACUUAUCAAAUAAUAGCUUUUACAUUAAUUGCUGUUAGCAUUAUAGCAGUUUGCUUAGUAGCCAUUUGUGGAUAUAACAUAUAUUUAUCUGAUGAAAAGGUUCGUAAGUUUGAAAAAAAAAUAUGUCCAUUUAAUAAAUUAAUAAAUAAAUAUCCCUUGGAAGAAGAAAGUCUAUGAAUGACUUUAAAAUAUGAAAUUGAAGAUAUCAUUAAUUUUAAAAAUUCUGAAAAACCAAAUAUUUAUUUAUUUUUGCAAAACCAAAAUAUGAUUUCAAACCAUAUAAUGAAAGAUAUUUGUGAUUUAUCGGCUUCUUGUUUCGAAAAAAACUUAAAACCAAUUAUUAUUGAGGGGAAUGACUUAGAUUCAAGCCAAACUGUUAAUCAAAUAGCAAAUAGCAUUGAAGCAAAUGAAAUUGUAAUAAUGUUGAUUCACUUAAAUGGGAUUUCUGAUAAAGCAGCUGAAACUUUGGAUUUAGUAUUUGAAAAUGGACUAGUAUCAAAGAAGCUUGUUAUAUUUCUAUCUCUCGUAAUCAAUCGUGAUCUUGAAGGACUGUCUACGCAACCAAUACAACAUGUUGUACGUGAUUUUUUUACACCGUUUUUAGCAAAGAAAAAAAUUGAUAUGUUAUUAUCUCUACUUUCUAAAAAGGUUUUUCAUUUGAAAUCGUAGAAAUUUCAAAAAUCCUUUUUGUAUGGAUUGCACUCAUAGAACGAGCGAUUGUUUUUUGCACAAGUUUUUCAUUUUUUUUGUAGUAAUCAAUAUGUUGAAAAUUUUUCACUUAUAAAAUAGUAAGCAAAAAUUUUGAGCAUCUUAAUUGGAAAUUCUUAUGACAUGAGUUUCAAGGGGUAUGUAUUCCCCUUUUUCUAACAUUAGCAGUGAAAAAUUUUGCGUGGUCUUUUAAGGUUUGAUGUAAAAUCAAAAUUAAAGAUCUAAUUGAUAAUGAAUGACUAUCAAUGAGAUUGACGAAGUGUUUUUGUUUUGUACCUGGUUUCUUUUUAUUUUUGUUUAGAAAGAUCGCUUGCGUUUUAGCAUUCGUUUUUUACUCUUUACAGGCAAUUUUUUUUUUUAAUCAAAAAUCACUUGUUUUAUGAUUGUGCAAAUUUUAAUAU